UUGGCUGAGGCGCGUCGAUGACGAGAACGCGGUGUCAGGGCUCGGCCUCUCAGAGCGUUCCACUCCUCUUCCCUCCGGAACAUGGUCUGGGGCUUUGGGCACCUUGGCCGCCGGAGCCUCGCUGUCCUGGGAGCCACCUGGUCCAGGCGCGCUGUGGGUUCAGCCCUUCUGGGAGCUGUUUGUCAACAUACUUACUUCAGAAAGUGUCAGAUAAUCGAACAGGGCAUCAUGAAGGUUGAGUUACUGCCAGCCCUAACUGAUAAUUACAUGUACCUGAUCAUUGAUGAAGAUACCAAGGAAGCAGCUAUUGUGGACCCAGUACAACCCCAGAAGGUUGUGGAAACAGUAAAAAAGCAUGGAGUGAAACUGACCACCGUUCUUACUACCCAUCACCAUUGGGACCAUGCUGGAGGCAAUGAGAAGCUUGUAAAGAUGGAACGCGGGUUGAAAGUAUAUGGGGGAGAUGAUCGAGUUGGAGCCCUCACUCAAAAAGUGUCACAUCUUACUACACUACAGGUAGGAUCUCUCACUGUCAAAUGCCUUUCGACACCAUGUCACACUUCUGGACAUAUCUGUUAUUUUGUGAGUAAGCCCAACAGUUCAGAGCCACCUGCUGUUUUUACCGGUGAUACCUUAUUUGUAGCUGGUUGUGGGAAGUUUUAUGAAGGAACAGCAGAUGAAAUGUACAAAGCCCUGCUUGAAAUUUUGGGCCGUCUUCCCCCAGAAACAAAAGUAUACUGUGGUCAUGAGUACACCAUCAAUAACCUCAAGUUUGCACGUCAUGUUGAACCAAACAAUGUUGCUAUUCAAGAAAAAUUGGCCUGGGCUAAGACAAAAUAUGGCAUUGGAGAACCAACUGUACCAUCUACUAUUGCUGAGGAGUUUACUUACAACCCAUUCAUGAGAGUGAGGGAGAAGACAGUGCAACAGCAUGCUGGGGAGACUGACCCUGUGACGACCAUGAGAGCCAUCCGAAAGGAGAAAGAUAAUUUCAAGGUGCCCAAAGACUGAAGAUCCCUGCGGGAAGUCUCACAAUGCACAUUUCUCCUGCUAGACCUUUUUAGAGUAUGGGUAUUCUGAUGUUUUAAGUAAUUAAUUUCUCUUUUAAUUGUGGGAGAAUCAUCCUUGUUUGCAGUUUGUAUUUUAGUUUAAAAUUGUCUUUAAAAGCCCUUUGUUUCUUUUGCCAAACAUUCUGUGGCAUAUUUAUAAGAUAAAAAAUUUAAAGGAUAUUUAUUCAUACAAUUUUUGCUUUCAGAUUCUGUAAAUGAUCAGUUAUGAUUCUGCAAGCAUGAUUUCCUAAGGGCUUAAGGGGAGAGGAAAUGCUAUAAUGUGGUCAAUCCUAUGCUUUUGUGAAAUACACUUAUCCUGGAAACUGACCCCAACAAAAGGCCCCCGGCUUUGUCUGCAGCCCAGCUAGCUUUUUGAGCUCUUUUCAACUCCUAAGUUCAUAUUUGCUCUGAACAAGUCUGGCCAAACCCCAGGGAGACACUUGGGCAUAGUUCCAAAGGGAGGGAGAAGAGGGGUCUGGUCAGUAUUCCAAUUUGGACCUGUUUCUUUCAUUGCUCCUCUACAAAAGAAGUCUUUCUCAUUGCUUCAAGUUGGCUCAGAAUUUAAAAUGGGAUCUCCUUUCCCAAUUCUUCACUUAGACCCCUCUUUACCUUCAAGAUAACUUCUAAGGCCAGAGGCUGGUAUUUGGAGUUAAUGUUUUACUGAAUUGUAUGCCAUUGCUUUCCAUGGCUCAUAUGAGUAGUAACAUAAAACUGUUGAGGUCAUGUCCUCUUUAAGGUUGGCAUCCCAUCCCAACCUGAAUAGGACUUGGAGGGAGUGGAAAAAAACCUUUGAGAGAGUUAUCUUGGCUUGAGAGAUUUAAAGAUUCAAAAGCUUGAAAACAUCCUUAAACACUUAACAUUGUAUAUAGAAAUUCAGUUUUCAGAUAUUAAAGACUUUUUAACUCCACCGAAGCCAAGCAGCCUAGACGUAUGCUUUGCUGUUUGCUUUGUUUGUUGACUUGACAUUAAUUGCCUAUUUAGGAAGGGGCCUCUGUCUCUAAGCAGAUGCUCACAAGUGUCUUCUGUCUAUCUAACAUUGUGCUAUCAUUAUUAAACAUUAAGUGGCCUCACCUCUUGCUAUGUGAUAACCUGAAGUCCCAAGGAAAACUUAAGUCCCUUUGAUAUAUUAAGCCAGCAUGUACUCUGAGUGGCAACAGAAACCAUUCUGAAGAGCAUUUGACAAAAAUUAUGCCCUGACUGUCCCCUGAUUAGACAGAAAUGUGUCUGGGAAGAUGAGAAAGGGUUAACCGGCAGAGUGGCAAGGAAUGUUUUGGAAAGGAAAGCCCAUUCUUAUCCAGUCCAUGUAAUCCAUGCUUGCUCCUUCUUGGCUCCUGAGCUACCUGUAUCCUCUAUGGUUUCGACUGUCACCACUAAAACUGGUUUCCUCCAGUUGUCAAAUAAGCAGUAUUGUAUGGUGUUUUUCCAGUGAUGGUGAUUCAUCGUUUUAUUAGACAUGUUCACAGGUUUGCCUGGGAAGCUUUUAUCAAAGGGAACUUGAAAUUUCUUUGCUCUAUAUAGAUGUAACUGCCAUAUGCAAUGGAUGCUCAAAGAGUAAGCCUUCUCCAACUUUGCUUAUUGCAUUUAACCCCUAGAGUUUCAGUGUCUCUUCUAAUAACAUUUGACCCAAGAUAUUGGUAUAGCGUGGUUCCUUUUGGGCACAUUAAUUCAGAGAGUAGGUUUUGAGUGCUGGCAGCAAUUUCAUUAACAUUUCCAUUUUUUCCUGUUUCUAAGUGGGAGGGAAGGGGGUAGUUCAAGGGCCCUCAAACACAGCAUGGUUAUAAAGUAAUGAGACUAAUUUCUAGAAGUUAUCAUGGAAAUUGUCUUAUUUCUUUAUAGCCACACUUGCAUUUUUCCCUCAGAAAGACAAACUGUUCAUAGCUGAGGCCUGGAAGGCUGUGCUUUAGACUGCACUGUUGCUGAGUGAGCCUUCCAGUAACAAAGAAACCUGAGCAGUGGGCACUUAAGUGUGGCUAUUUGGGGGGGGGAUAUUAGUAGGUUAUGUUUUUUGUUUGUUUGUUUUUUAUGAAAAAAUGAUUGGGAGCCCAGGGAGAAUUAGUUUGGCUAAUUAGUUGGUUUAAUCAGACUUUUUUCUCUUUGCCUUGCCUUUGAGUGAGGACAUGAGCCUGUUUCUGUCCUGGUCCCCUUUUGUCUCAUCAUCCUCCGUUAAAAUUUGACUCCUAGAUUGGUGGUGACUGAACAGGGCAGGAGCAGAGGGCUUCCUUUGCUCCCUUUUCAGAAGUGAGCAUAAAGAGGAAGGUGAGAAAGACUCUGAUCUAAAGCUAUAUAAGGUUCGCAGAGAAGUCAGGUCUCAUUUGGGCAUCUAGAAUCACAGAAACAGUUACAGUUGCCAAGUCUUACUUUUAGAUAAAGGGACUUUUCUCCCUUUUUCUCCCUUUAUCAUUUUUCUCACAUCCUCCCAUGGGAAAGGCCUUGAAUGUCACACAGCUCUGAGAAAAUUCUACCACUUGUGAAUUGUUGCUAUCUUCCUACCUUCUGAUGUGCUUUCAUGCCUAAGAUAGAAUAAGAACAUGAUUAACUAUAACUUGCUGCCCACCCAUUCUCCAGCAGGACAUUUCUGUCCUCAGCCAAUCUCCAUUGUGGUUACUGUUACCCUUCAGUAGAAGCUCGGGUUUAACCCUUCCUGAGCACUGACAGAAUGCCCCCAGACCCUGUACAAAUAGCCUCAGACACAUUCCCUGAGCAGGGAUCAGCCUGCAGGGGUUGCUCACGUCCUAUUCAGAAGACAGGCUGGGACUCCUGGGAAAUCCAGUCGCUUCACGCUGGGCUUUUCUAGAGGGACUGAAGUAGGACAAUGAUGCCCACCAGCUGAUUGGUGAGGAGAAGAGAUCCUCUGGGACUCCAGCAGCUCUGGUUCCACCUCAGAGACUGAGUUUUUAGUUACAAAGUUUCGUUUCUACAUUUGAAUUUGGGGGGUUGAAUCUUUUUUUAAAAACAAUUUUGGGUUCAAUUUUGUGAAAAAUAGGCAGCCGUUGGCUUGCCCCUUUCAUGCUAUGCAAGGUGAUGAAGCUGGCAUGUAAGCCCAGUGGCAGCUGUGAAUCAGGGAGCCUAUGAGGGGGUGUGUAUCCAUUCUCCUGUUGAGGGGAGAAUUCCUGCUGCUCCCUAUUGGAGGGAAAGAUGGAACCUGUGUCUGUUCUGCACUUUGAGCUCCUCAAAGAGAAGCACUGUCGAGUAUUAUUCUUGUUUCUGAAUUAAUUUGAUCUUCUGUGAUAAGUGUUGAGUAGGCAUAGCUUGUAAUAGUUUCGCUAAUAAACCCUUCAUUGUUGAAAACAGAA